AUGGUGGGUCUUACAAAGGAACAGCUAACCACGUUUAAAAGAGAAGGAAUGUUAUGCAUUCCAGAUUUUCUUACCCCGGAGCAAAUAACCAAAUUGUUGGACGAAUCAAAAACACUCUUAUCUGAUUGUGAUUUAUCUACCCAUCCAAAAACAACAUUCAAAACUGCAGAUGACGACCACAUUGGAGAUAAAUAUUUUUUUGAGUCGUCUGACAAGGUAUCUUUUUUCUUCGAUACCGAUGCGUUUGAUAAAGAUGGGAAUUUGCAAGUGGAUUUAUCCAAGGCAAUAAAUAAAAUAGGACAUGGAUUACACAUCCAUAAUCAAGUAUUUCGAGAAACUACUUUUGAUGAGAAAGUUCAAGACAUUGCUAAGAGUUUGGAAUUUAAAGAUCCCAGGGUUUUACAAAGUAUGUGUAUAUUCAAACAACCAACAACAACAGCGUCCAACAAUUCAAGAGAUAAUGCUGUUCCACCUCAUACCGAUGCUACAUUCUUGUAUACUGAACCUCAAACUGCCGUCGGCUUUUGGUAUGCGCUAGAGGAUUGUACUUUGGACAAUGGAUGUUUAGCAUAUAUUGCAGGAUCACAUAGGAAAUACCCUGUGACGAAAAGAUUUGUCAGAGUUGAUGGUGGUGCCAAAGGUUGUAAUUUCAAAUACUUGAAUGAUAAGGAGCAAGAACCUGUUACUGAUGGGGAGGAGUACAAAUAUGUUCCUUGUAAAGCUGGUUCUUUGAUUUUAAUUCACAAUUCUGUCUUGCACAAGUCUGAAAAAAAUGCUUCUGCUAAGUCACGUUAUGCUUAUGCAUUUCAUGUAAUUGAUGGUACCGCCCAUUACGACGAGUUAAAUUGGUUACAAGUCCCUUAUACUGGGGGUACUGGUUUUUCAAAACUAUACAAUAAAGAGCAAGUCAAUAAAUAG